AUGCUACCUCCAGGAGAACAGGAGAAACAGGACAAAGAUGCUACCUCCAGGAGAACAGGAGAACAGGAGAAACAGGACAAAGAUGCUGCCACCAGGAGAAACAAGACUUUCUCCACCAGGAGAAACAGGACUGUGGGAGAGGAUUCUCAGCACUGGGAGCCUCAAGCAGUAAAACUCUGUGACCUGCCCUGGGAAGAGGGGCAAAAUGUUCCUGUGGGAGGAAAAGGCUUGCUUCAUGCUGAGUUUUAUGUUUUGGAGAAGUGUGCUGCCUACGUCCUGGCGCUCAGACCUUGGAGUUUCAGCGCUUCCCUGACCCCCGUGGCUCUCGGCAGCGCCCUGGCGUACCGGGCAGAGGGAGCCUUAGACCCGGGGCUCUUGGUGGAGUGCUGUGGCUGUCCUGGCCUGCACGGAGCCGGCAACUUGGUGAAUACCUACUACGACUUUUCCAAAGGUAUCGAUCACAAGAAGAGCGAUGACAGGACUUUGGUGGAUCAGAUUUUGGAGCCUCAGGACGUGGUCCGGUUUGGAGUCUUCCUUUACACUGUGGGCUGUAUCUGUGCUGCCGGGCUCUAUGCAGUCUCGACCCUCAAGUUGGAGCACCUGGCCCAUUACUUUGGAGGACUCUCCAGCUCUUUCCUGUAUACUGGAGGCAUCGGAUUUAAAUACGUAGCCUUGGAGACGUGGUGAUCCUCAUCACCUUUGGGGCCUCUGGCUGUCAUGUUUGCCCAUGCUGUGCAGGUUGGGUACCUGUCUGUCUCACCCCUGCUCUACGCCGUGCCCCUCGCCCUCAGCACUGAGGCCAUCCUGCACAGCAACAACACCCGGGACAUGGAGUCAGACCAGCAGGCAGGCAUUGUCACCCUGGCCAUCCUCAUCGGCCCUGCCUUCUCCUAUGUCCUCUACACUGUGCUGCUCUUCUUGCCCUACCUGAUUUUCUGUGUGCUGGCCACACGUUACACCAUCAGCAUGGCCCUGCCCCUGCUCACCAUCCCCAUGGCAUUCUCCCUGGAGAGGCAGUUUCGGAGUCAGAACUUCAACAAAAUUCCUCAGAGGACAGCCAAGCUCAACCUGCUCUUGGGGCUUUUCUAUGUUUUUGGGAUUACUCUGGCACCAGCUGGUGCUCUGCCCAAACUCUGACAAAGGCAGCAAGAGCCUCACAAUUCAGUAUUAAGAGUGGUUAAUAGGGGAUAUUGUGGGUAGAUGACCCAUUCUGGACAGUGGGAAGAAUGGAGAGGCUGUUUUGAGCUGUUGGUUUGAUGGGAAUGUUGUAAUUUUUGGGCUUGGGGAGGUUGUACAAGACACUUCAAGUUAUGUCAGUCCUUCAAGAAAAGGAGCAAUGGUGCAGCUUUGCCUUGGGGGAGCAGGGUGAUGUGAAGAUGAGGAAAUGGUUCAAGAACCUCGUCCUUCUGCCACUGAAUUCAACUCAAUGAAAGUAAGAUUGAGCUUCAAACACAAACUCUGUUCCCUUCACAAGCACAGUGAUUGCUCUUACUUCCCUUAUCAUGGUCAAUAGUCCAGCAGCUCCAGUGCUCAACAAAACACUGCCAAAUGUUUAGCAUCACAACGAUGUAGGUGCUAUUCCUGCACUCCCAUGUGAGCAUAGUUCAUCUCUUGUAUGUUUUCUUUUUUUUUUUCCUCAGCAAAAUGUUGAACUUUUCUUUCCAAGCCCCCUGAAAUGCACUAAAAGUUAAUUCAUUAAGCUGUUGCUUC